AUAUUUUAAUUUUUGGUACCUUCCUUUCGGUGAACACCCCCCAUCUCUCUCUCUCUGUCUCUCUCUCUCUCUCUUCCCCUCUCUGUCUCUCUCAAAAUUCGAUGUCUCCGUGAUUUUUACAGGACGCACCGACACCUUGCGGCCUUCGACGAAUCGGGAUUGGAACUUUCUGAGGAAUCAUAAAGCAGCUGAGAAGAAGUUGGGUGAUGUUGCAGCUGAGCUAAGAGUUCUGGUUUUUAUAUUAUCCUGAAUUCUUAGCUUUUAUCCGUGAGGAGUCAUGUGUACUGGUUCUUAUGAUAGUAUAUAGGUCCAGUUCUGGUGAAGUUGCUGGGCACCAUCAAUGGGUGCUAGUUAUUUCACUUCUUUGUCUGUCUCGGGCAUCUGCACAGUUAUAAGCUUUGUGGGUCUUCAGUGGUGGACACAAUGGCCAUUUUAUGACUUGAUCCCAGCUGAAGUAGUCACGGAGUAUAUUGCACAGUCAGAAAAAGCCAACCAUGCGAUUGAGCUGAUCUCGAGUUCCUAUACCACUCUUCUUUUGCUGGCAAAUUUCGCUCUCAGUGCAUUUGGCUUGCUACUUUUGUGCCUCAAGACUGUUUUCUUUGUGGAAUUGUCUUCUUCUGAAAUCCGAAAAUUGUUGGAGCGUCUAGUAAAUUAUGUUGUGUACAAGGGGACAUUUUUACCACUCAUAAUUCCGCCAACUUUAUUUCAAGCAGGCAUAUGGACCACCUGGUUGACUGUUUUAUGUUCUCUAAAGAUGUUUCAAGCUUUGGGUAGGGAUCGCCUUGAACGACUAAACUCAUCUCCUUCCACAGCUCCGGGGACAUACUUCCGUGUCUACUCAGUGUUAUUCUUUGUUCUGGCUGUGGAUCUUUUCUGGAUAAGAUUGUGUCUGAUGAUUUACAGAACAGUUGGAGCACCUCUCUUUCUGUUGCUAUUCUUUGAGCCUUUCAGUAUUGUUUUUGAGACGCUACAGGCCAUUGUGGUUCACGGUUUCCAGUUUCUCGAUAUCUGGUUUCAGCAUUCACUGGGAGAUGGAAGUACUAGCUGUCGAAUAUUUAAGUACAUUGAUACGUCUGCUGCAGGCUCAUUCUGUGAAUGGAAAGGACUCCUUGUCCGGAACUUGGGCUUUACUCUUGACAUGGCAACCCUGUUAAUGGCACUUGGCCAUUAUUUGCAUAUCUGGUGGCUUCAUGGGAUGGCUUUCCAAUUAAUGGAUGCUGUUCUAUUCUUAAAUAUACGUGCCUUGCUAAGUGCAAUGAUAAAGCGUAUAAAGGGAUAUAUCAAAUUGAGAAUGGCUUUAGGGACACUCCAUGCUGCUCUUCCCGAUGCCACUGCCGAAGAGCUUCGAGCAUAUGAUGAUGAAUGUGCUAUCUGUCGGGAACCUAUGGCUAAGGCCAAGAGGCUAGAUUGCAAGCACCUCUUUCAUCUCGCUUGCUUGAGAUCGUGGUUAGAUCAAGGUCUUAAUGAUGUUUUCUCGUGUCCAACUUGUCGAAAGCCCCUAUUUGUUGCUGGAGUAGAAACUGCAUCAAAUCCAAGUAGGGAAGUUCCUGCCGAUGAAGAGCUUGCUCGUAGGUUAAGUCUUGGAAUUGAUGGGCAAAAUGCUCCUGGCCUUGCUCUUCCUAUAGGCGCAAUUCCUGGCCAGAUGCAGAACCCUUUUCAGGGCGGACUUUGGAGAAAUGCAGGAUGGGAACCAAAUCUGGGGAACACUUGGUCCGCACAGGGAGUCGAUGGGCCCAGCCCAUCCACGGGAAACAGACCUGUUGGCCUCAAUAGGGUUCAGAUGAUGAUGAGGAAUCUUGCAGCUAUGGGUUCCCAGACGGCUGUUGAAGAUAAUUCUUGGGGCCCUUGGCCUUUCAAUCCAUCUGAGGCUGCUGCUUCAGGAUCGACUGUUCCUCCUCCUGCUGCUGCCAGGGCCAGAUUUCCUAGCGGUUUACAUUUGAGGACUGCUUCACGGGAUGAUGAUAUUGCACACUUAAUUGCAAUGGCUGAAGCAGUUCGGGAGGUUUUGCCUCAUGUUCCUGAUGAGUUGAUUCUUCAGGAUUUGCAGCAGACAAAUUCUGCUACCGUUACUGUAAAUAAUCUCCUCCAAAACUGAAGUUUAAAAACUUCAUCCACAAGAACAAAUACGGGCGCAAUCGCUGUAACUCGGGAGCGAUCCACUCGGAACUUACACCUCUCUCUUAUCAGGUUUUUUGAGAUGCUCAUAAGUGCCUUUUCGCUCAAUACAUGUGGCACUGUAGGAUAUCCCUGCCAGCAGAGCCUGUUCUCGGGGCUCAAGGAAUUAUAUGCUGCCUCGCAGAGAUGACGGGUUUGGCAUGGUUGCCACCCUCACCAUCUUCAGCUCUUAUGGUUGUCGGUCAUACAUGGAUUGUAAUGGACAUCUAAUCUCUCUGUCUAUAUGGUGUGAACUUAUGUAGCUUGGAGGAAGCUCAAGAAGAUCUCAUGCAUUGAAUGCAUUCCAUUUCAAUGAGAUAUCUCCCUGUCUUUCUUCUUCCCUUCA